AUGCUUUGCCCAGGGAAGCCGGGAGAACGAUGGGCGCGAGCUUUGGGGACGCGAGGGAGGGAGCGAGCGAGCCUGCCGGCUAGGCGACCAGUCCGGGCUCGGCCGGCCGGCUCAGUCAGUCUGCGCGGCGGCGGGGGCAAGGCCGGGUCCGGCUCGGACCAUUUUAACUGCGGAUCCGCCAGCGGCGCGCGCGCCCGCGACACGGCUCGAAGCCGCAGGAGCGCGCGGCCCGUUCCGGGAGGGGGCGGAGCCGGCGGCGGCGGCGCGCUCGGGGCGGAGACGCCGGCGCCCGCUGCUCACCCGGACGGCUGCCAGAGUGGGGCUGUGAGAGGAAGCCGGCCGGCGAGUGCGCGGGGCUCGCGGGGUGCGGCGCUCGCCCCUCCCUGCUGUCGCCUGAGGUUUCUCAGAGGCGGCUGGGCGCACGCCCCUUUCCUGAGGCGGGAGGAGACACUUCCGAGCCAGCUGUGUGACAUCCGUUUACACAGCCGCGCUGACGUCUCGAGGUGUAAGUUCAAGAGCUGCCAUUGGCCGGGAGCCACUCGGCUGUUCCCUCACCUUCCACCCACAUCCCCACACCAGGCGCGGAAACCGAUGCCACUUCGGGGCUGCAAAGCAGGUUCUUUCCGAAGCGCGGAAUUGGGUCCCGACUCCUCGGGUGAAGUGACAGGUCAUGCAAAUUCAGGAGAAGGGGAUUAUACAGAGCAUGCCUAUCAGAGGACCACCUUGAAUGCUAUCUUAGAAUUCUGCCCACCAUAA